AAACCCAAACACUACAGAAUACUUGGCCUAGAUUUAACACCAAAAAUAAAGUUCUUAAAGACAUCACCACACCAAUAUCUUCUCCAAAAUUCUCAAAAUCUUUAAAAAGAAGUUAGCAAGUUAUCCAUCUCUCUGUUCCACUCUUUUCUUUUGGGAGAGUAAAUGGAGAUAUCAGUGGCAUUGGUGACAGUUUCAAUUGCUAUAUCUGUUGUGUCUUGGUGGGUAUGGAGAACCUUGAACUGGGUUUGGUUUAAACCAAAGAUGCUUGAGAGCUACCUGAGAAAACAAGGUCUUGCGGGAACUCCUUACACACCUCUCAUAGGAGAUAUGAAGAGGAACUCCACCAUGCUGACGGAGGCAAGAUCCAAAACCAUCAAACUAACGGAUGAUAUCACACCACGUGUCGUGCCUUAUCCUUUCCACAUGCUCAAGACUCUUGGAAGAACUUACUAUACAUGGGUUGGACCUAUACCAACCAUAACCAUAAUGGAUCCUGAGCAAAUCAAGGAAGUGUUCAACAAAGUAUAUGAUUUCCCAAAGCCACAUACGUUACCUUUUGUCAGAUACAUAGCCACUGGACUCGCUAGCUAUGAUGGUGAUAAAUGGGCUAAACAUAGAAGAAUCAUCAACCCUGCUUUCCACCUUGAGAAGAUCAAGAAUAUGGUACCUGCGUUCCACCAGAGCUGUAGCGAGGUUGUUGGCAAAUGGGACAAGUUGGUCUUGGACAAAGAAGAGUCGUCUUGUGAGGUGGAUGUUUGGCCUUGGCUUGUGAGUAUGACUGCAGAUGUGAUCUCUCGUACAGCUUUUGGCAGCAGCUAUAAAGAAGGACAGAGGAUAUUUGAGCUCCAAGCAGAACUAUCUGAGCUCAUCAUACAAGCUUUUCGGAAAGCUUUCAUCCCUGGUUAUUGUUAUCUUCCAACGAAGGGUAAUAGAAGGAUGAAAGCAGCAGCUAGAGAAAUCCAAGUUACACUGAGAGGGAUUGUUAACAAGAGGUUACUUGCGAGAGAAGCUGGUGAAGCGCCAAGCGAUGACUUGUUAGGUAUACUUCUUGAAUCAAAUUUAGGGCAAGCUGAAGGAAAUGGAAUGAGCGCUGAGGAUGUGAUAGAGGAGUGUAAGCUGUUUUAUUUCGCUGGACAAGAGACAACUUCGGUACUUCUUGUCUGGACAAUGGUUAUGUUAAGCCAACACCAAGACUGGCAGGCUCGUGCAAGAGAAGAAGUGAAGCAAGUUCUUGGCGAUAAAGAGCCAGAUGCAGAAGGCCUUAAUCAGCUUAAAGUUAUGGCGAUGAUAUUUAAUGAGGUCCUUAGGCUCUAUCCUCCAGUAGCUCAGCUGACACGAGCCAUUCACAAAGAGAUGAAGGUAGGAGAUCUGACAUUACCAGCCGGCGUUCAGAUCAGUCUACCUAUUCUGCUAGUCCAACGCGAUGCCGAGCUAUGGGGCCAAGAUGCAGGGGAGUUCAAGCCAGAGAGGUUCAAAGACGGUCUCUCAAAGGCGACAAAGAACCAAGUCUCCUACUUUCCCUUUGCGUGGGGACCAAGGAUCUGCAUUGGCCAGAGUUUUGCCUUGUUGGAGGCUAAAAUGGCAAUGGCAUUAAUUCUACGGAGAUUCUCCUUUGAGUUAUCUCCUUCCUAUGUUCAUGCUCCUUACACAGUCAUGACUAUUCACCCACAGUUUGGUGCUCAUCUUAUCCUGCACAAGCUAUAGUUCCAUACUUCCAUAUAUAACCCAUGCAUGUGUGAUGUUUUCAAAUGAGUUAUGUAUACCCAGAUCCUAAUAUUAUAAAACCAUGCUCUUAAAUCAAGAUGCUUCUCUGGUUUUGUAACC